AGUUUACAAUCAGAAAAUAAAAGUCACACAUACAUUUUUUUUUAACUGCAUAAGCAUUUUAAAACAGAUUUAAAUGGUUUUAAAUGUCACGGUUCCAGUCUUUGUUUUGAAAACGCCAGAGUGCGUGUGUUCAGCGGUUCUGCGUGGUUUUGCCAGGAGGGGGUUUUAGCGUCAGCAGCGUCCGGUGGUUCGUUGUGUACGAGUCUCGGUUGAACGCAGGCUUACAAUUUUCUACUUUUUAGGUAGGAAAUCGUUGCUUGCAGUCCGGCGUACUCAUCUCGCCAAACGUGUGUGAUCCCAGCUGACAGAAAUCUGCAUUGGAGGAACGUCUGUGUGAAACAGGCAAAAUGGAACAGGAGCUUCCAAGUCAGGCUGCCCUCCUGGUGACGGUCGUUGAGGCACACCACUCGGAGGAAAGGGAGACAGACUUGCUAGCAGAUGCUGUUGCCCAGUCUGGCGCUUGUCUCGACCCCGACACCAUCUUAGUGCCUGGCAUUGAAAGCAAUCUUGACCCGGUUGACCAGACAGGUGAAGCCGAGUUGGCUCCACUUGAAAUGGAAGCUUCCCUGCCCCUGAACUCCACCGACAGUGGGAGCAGUUUGCAGCUUCAAGAAGACCAGAAGUCUGAGCAGCAUCAUUUUGAGCAGCAGCUGCUAGAGCAGCAGCUGCCAGAGCAACAACCAGUAGAGGAGCAGUCAGUAGAGAAGCAGCCAGUAGAGGAGCAGCCAGUAGAGGAGCAGCCAGUAGAGGAGCAGCCAGUAGAGGAGCAGCCAGUAGAGGAGCAGCCAGUAGAGGGGCAGCCAGUAGAAGGGCAGCCGUCGAAACAGCACUUAUUGGAGCAGCAGCCAACAGCAGUGUCACAGACCCCUCUAGACAAAGCUGUCAUGGCUGAGCCAUUGAGUGGCUCACCAGUUAAGGAGUUCCAAAGCCACAAGCACAGAGAGGUGGCACCCACAUUGCAGAAUGGAGAAGAGGGCCUUGAGCCUGCUGAGCAGCCCCCCAAGCCUGCUGAAGAAACCCCGUCGAGGUAUAAGCCAGCCAUGCUGAAACUGAUGGCCAUGUUAGCCAGCCAGGAACCACCCACUCCUACCAAGUCACUUCCUUCAAAGAUGGAGCGCUUGACUUUUCGGAACAGCACGCCUGCUCGUAAGGUGCCUGAGAAGGCCAAGGCUUACAAGACCUACUUCCGUCAGCAGAGUGCAAGUUCACAAACUGGUCCGUCGGCCUACGCGUGCCAAAAAUGCAGCUUCCGCACCAGCCGCAUGGACAACCUAGUGCGUCACAACAAAGCCGACUGCGCCUUUGUCAAGGACUUCUUCAGCUGGGAUGCCAACACCUUUACCGAGGCGACGCAGCUUCCCAAAAAGCGAUCCCUCUCACCAGACACCAACGGCGGGGUCGUGGCCAGUAUGGCUGAAACGAGUGUGCCCAAGCGCAAGGGGGUCCCACGCAGAUACCUUGAACUGAGCUCCAAGUCUUCUGACAGGAGGAAGUCAACCCCCAGCUCCCAGAGCAAAUUGCAGUCUGAGUCUAUUGAAGAUGGAUCAGAUCUGGAAGAUGAACUGAGCCUAUCGAAUGCCACGCCACAUGAAGAGUUUGAGUUUUCAGAGGACGAUGUUGUCUGGGUAGAGUGGAAACGUCUACACUGGCCUGCCCUGGUGCUGAAGUUGUAUCCAAGUACCCGGAAGGCCAAGGUGUUCCUGAUAGAUUCCAUUACAUCCAAAGAGACAGUUAUGAUCAGUGUGAAGAAGAUCUUCGACUUCAACAGUGCUGAAAGAACCAAACGAUUUUUGAACGAGGGCCGUGUGGGACGCAACAGUGGUGCCCUCGUCAAAGCAGUGCAAAAAGCUGAAGAGUUCCUUCGUAAGCGUUGCCUCGGCAUCAACAUCAAUGCCCGGCAGUUCUUCUGCGAUGAAGAGGUGAGGUUCACAGAAGACCCUCCGUCGGAAGCGAGCGACGACUCAUACGUGGAGUGCUCCGAGGCCUCUCCCGAAGAGCUGGGAAGCCAAGGCAGCGACACAUUGUCGGAAGCGGCUCAGGCCAGCAAGGAAAGACGCAAACUACGCAAUGAGAAAUUGGUCGACUGCAUCAAGGGCGGAAAAGUGAAUAGCCACCUGCUGGGCAUCCUCAACGGGACAGUGCCUAGCGAACGCCACAAGAGGUUCCACAGCAAUGUCCAGUCCGACCGCAUCCAGCUGAAGCAGUGGUCCUGGUUUGGGCCAAUCGACAAUGCCUCACAGCAAGAGGAGAUCUACGAGUUUUGUUUUGAGCUUCUGAAGGCAAACUCCGACCUGGAUGACACUUUCGACAUUGCCUCGUAUGUCAUUGAGGUGUGGUGCCCCGAGGCGGUGAUGAAGGCCCUGUGCCGCGUGAGGCGUGUGCAGAUGGAUCGCGCUGAGGAGAUCCUUGUCCGAGCCGUGGUCCCCAGUGCUGCAGAGUACGAGAUGAAGUGCCGCGAAUUGCUGUCGAUCCCACCCACACCCGAAGAAAAGCGCGAGCACAAGGAGCGCCUACGCACAGAGUUUCGCGAUUUAGGCAUCGCCGACGACAUCCUGGCUGCCCUAGAAUUUUGAGUGCUGCUUUCCUCUCCGCCAUGGACUUGGGCAAGCCAGUCACUCUGUCGGGAGAAAAUCUCCCCCCUCCCCCCCCCCCCCCCCCC